AUGCAGUUGGUUCUCUGGGUAUCCCUGAUUCUUCAACUUGUCGAAUCGAAUGAUGUUACGAUUUUGUUAGUUGGAUCAAGGCACAAAUUAACACAAAAUAGAGUUAUUGAAAAGAGGAAGAAAGUUCUAGAAGAAUGUGAACGAAAUGAGAUGUCUUGCUCUGUGGUUGAUGCUCUAAAUGACUCUUCUUCCGAAUCACAAGGAUUUUGGGCAAUUACUCCUGCGAUAUUCACACUGACAAACGUUUCUGAUUGGACUAUAAUCGCGGAAGACACUUCUGAAAUCAAUAUUGAAAACUUGAAACGUUUCAUUAGUACUGAGAUUGCUACCGAUACGGUUUUUGCUGGUUUUGGAUUACGCGAUAAAGAGCCGACAAUCAUCCAUCAUUUCGGAAUGAAUGCUCCAACAGGAUUCCAUUAUCCAUUGCUCUCUGUUGGAUUUGUUUUAUCAAGAACUGUAGUUGAUUCUAUUCGUACAGUGGAUCAAAUGGAGAAUGGAUUUUCUAUUGAUGUCAAAUACGAAUUUGCCAUGUUGCUCUAUAAAAAGAUCAACGUCCAGCUUCGGCAUCAACCAUCUCGCUUCUGCUGUGGGAACGAUUUCAAUACAUGUAUCAUCCGUUGCUCUUCCCCUACUAUCUCCAGCUUCUCCCUUCAAGAUUCUGAAGUACAUCUUAUGGUAAAAACCUUCGAAGGACAUCAUAAAAAUAGGCUUGAUGUUCUGAAAAAUACUUGGACAAGUGAUGUGAAACGAGUUGAAUACUGUAGCGAUAAAGAAGAUCGGACCAUUCCAACAGUGGAUUUGGGAAUCGGAAAUACCGAAAGAGGACAUUGUGCAAAGACGUGGGCUAUUUUUCGGAGGUUUUUAGAAGUUUCUGGAGUAGGAGCAAAAUGGUUAGUAAUAGCUGACGAUGAUACAUUGAUGAAUUGGAAGAGACUGAAGCAGAUGCUGGAGAUGUAUGAUCCAGAUGACAAGAUCCUAAUUGGUGAGCGAUAUGGUUUUGGGUUCAACAUAGAUGGCUUAAGUGGCUAUGACUAUCCAACUGGAGGAUCUGGAAUGAUUUUCUCGCGAUCUGCCAUACAAUCAAUUCUCAAAGUAUGUCCUUCAUGUGCUGCUGACACGGAUCCAGAUGAUAUGACAAUUGGAAUUUGUGCAAUUAGUUCGGGAAUUCCGAUUGUUCAUGAAUCUCGAUUGCACCAAGCAAGGCCACAGGAUUAUGCUCCAGAAUACUUGAAAAAUCCAAUUUCGUUUCAUAAAUUUACUGAUAUUGAUCCUAUUGCUGUAUAUUAUAAGUAUUUAUUUGAUAUUGAGGAUCAUGCCCAACAAAAUCACGAUUCUGAUAAAACAGAACUCUAG